UCGAUUCUCCUUGUUCUACCCUGGAUCAAAAUUGGCUGAAACAGAUAGCGUGUUUUUCUUGUCAUGGAUCAUUUGACUUCGAUUGAUUUUUAAAUGGGUAUUGCUAUGUCGUUGUUGAAUGAAUGGGGUUGGUGUUAGAAGCAGUUUUCCAUGUGGGUUUUGAUUUUCAUGUGCUGAAGACUUCAUAACUCACUGUAAUUGAUAGUGGUAAACUGUGAACUCAGUUGGUUAUAACUUGCUAACAGGCAGAAAGUUGUUGAAGUCCCUCAAUUGUGCUUCCCUGCAUCCUUUCCCAAAGUCUCUGUCUGGUGCAAUGGUUUAUAUAACUGAGUGGGACAAGUUUGUGGAGCAAUCCAUUGAGCUGUUCCGUGCAGAUCCUGAUUCUACACGGUACGUCAUGAAGUACAGGCACUGUGAUGGAAAGUUGGUACUCAAGGUCACUGAUAACCAACAGUGUCUAAAGUAUAAGACAGACCAAGCACAAGAGGCUAAGAAAAUGGAGAAACUGAAUAAUAUGUUCUUUGCUUUGAUGGCUCGUGGUCCUGAUGUUGAUCUAUCAGAAGUCACUGGAAAAGAGCAAAUGGAUGCUCAGCCAACCAAGAAAGGAAGAGGAAGGAAGCAAUAACUUGGCCUUUUGCUAGACAAGAUGGUUUUAUGAAUCACAGGACCAACUAAGGUUGAGUAGUUACAUUUUCCCGACCUAAUGAUUACUUCGUCAGAUUCUUAUGAUGAGAGGUUUAUAUAUUGAAGUUUUGAAGUCUCAAUUUCUGAUCUCUGGCAGUCUUGAGUAUUACAAAAUUUAGUUAUAUCUCUCCAGUUCAUGUUCACCUUCUAAUUUGUACGGCCGUUGCUUGAACUUACCAACUACAUAAAUUAGAUUGGUGACCAAAUUGUUGAAGGUACUACAUGGAGUGAAUAUUGGAUCCCAUGCCGCAAGGAUGCACAUGAAAUAAUGUGUUUAAUUACUGUGUGUUUUGUUUCAUGUUAGACAAUUAAUUUUGAGUCCAAAAUUGAUUUUAGCUAA